CUUCACUCAUUUUCUCUCCGUUCCCAUUUCAAGCAUUGCAUUGAGGAUGGGCGACGACAACGAGCGAAGGCCGCUGCUCUUCAAUGAGGACUCUGAAGCUUCGGAGCAGGCCGUGCUGUACCGCGGCAUCAACUCUGAGUACAACCGCGAUGAGACUGGCAGUCUGCUGUCGGACUCGUCGCUCGCCUACUCGCCGCGUGACAAGGCGUCCAGUGACUACCGCAGCACGCUCCACGACGAGACUGACCCGAACAUUGGCUCGUCCGCCGACUAUCGCAAGGCGGGUCCCUCGCAAAAGCCGUUGCACGAUCUCUCAUCGGACAAGUCACCGCUGCUGUCUGGCGCGGACGCCGUCGAAUCGGAAAUUGACAGGAAGCAACGCUGGUGGUCGAUUCGCAUCAUGUACCUCGCCAUGUUCUUUUCUAGCGUUGCCUUUUCCAUCUUGAUUGCAAGCUUGUCGCCUUUCUUGACGCUGCUCUCGCCAAAAGGCGAAUCUACCAAUUCCUUCCUCGGCUAUGUGGUCGCUGCUUACUCCAUUGGCCAGUUUGCGUCGUCGCCAUUCUUUGGAUGGUGGGCAAACCGCGCGCCGUACAAGUGGUGCUUGUUUGUCUCGAUUCUGAUCAAUGUCAGCGGCAACAUGAUGUACUGUUUGUCCAACUACACCACGGACGACAACGAGGGCCAAAAGUACGUCAUGCUGAUUGCGCGCUUGGUGGUUGGCUUGAGUGCUGGUAACGUUGCCAUCACUCGCGCCUACGUUGCGGGUGCCACGCACCUCAGCGAGCGCACCCACACCAUGUCAAUGCUCUCAGCAUGCCAGACUGGCGGUUUUGUCGUUGGUCCGCUGCUCGGUUCGGCCUUCUCGUCCAUCGACCCUGGUGUGCGCACUGGCCCCUUGAUUAUCAACUAUUGCACAGCACCUGCGCUCUUCUCCGUCUUCCUCGGCAUUAUCCAAGCCAUCAUUGUCUUGAUUUUCUUCCGCGAGUACCGUCUUGACGGUGGCGCUGUCUCUCGCACGACUGUGAAGGCCGAUGCUGAGGCACGCAAAGCAAAUUCGCUCGCCAAGGCCCCCAACAUGAUGCCCAUGGACAAGCUUGCUGUUGGCCUGUGUGUCUUCAUGUUCUUCCUCAUUCUGUUCGUGUUUGCACUUUACGAAACAAUCGGCACCCCGCUGACCAAGGACGAGUACUCGUGGUCGGACACGGAGGCCACCCGUUACGUCGGCAUCCUCUUUGGCGUUUCUGGCGGCAUUGGUGUUCUCAUCUUCAUGGUCGUCAAGCCUCUGUCGGCUCGCUUUGGCGAUCGCAAGACCAUGAUCGCUGGCAUGCUUCUUGUGGUCAUUGGCUUCAUCUUCUACUUGCCUUUCGGCCCACCGAGCUAUACUCCCUGCCCCAACGACAAGUUUGGUUGGUGCGAUCACACUCCCACCCUUCCUCUUGCCCAGUACAUUGUUGCCUGCACCUUCAUUUCGCUGGGUUAUCCCGUUGUGACGGUCUUGCUUUUUAUCAUCUACUCCAAGGUUCUUGGUCCUGGUCCUCAAGGAACAUACAUGGGCAUCUUGACCGCUGCUGGCUCGCUUGCUCGUGUUCUUGGCCCGCUCUUCAUUACCAACGCGUGGGAUGCGGCUGGUCCUUACGCUGCAUUCGCACCUGUGCUCGGUCUGCUGGUCAUCAUGACGGUGACGGCACUCGUCUUCUACAAGCGUUUGAUUCCCCGACGAGCAUUGACAACAAUGUAAAAAACACAAAUCCUCCCUCCCCCCCCCCGCUCCCUUUUUUGCUUUCCUUUCGUUUACAUCAACUAUCGGGAUACUUGUGCACUAUACCGUAUACCGCUACCUGUCCCAAACAAACAAAACAACAACCCGUCUGUAAUUUUUUGAUGUGUGAA